CAGAGAGAGCUACGCCGCGGGGGACGAAAAAAAAUCGAGCUUUUUGCGAUCCAACCUCAUCACGACGAUCGCUUCCUCGCUCUUUUAACUACAAAUGGAGAAGGCUCAAUCUCUGGCUGAAGAAUUGCAGGAAAAGCUUGCGGUCAAUAAGGCUACUUGCCAAUGUUCCGAGGAACGUACUAAAAGGGAGUUGGAAUGUCUUCAACAGAGGUUCAAAGCUGCUUUCACAUUAUUUCGCUACUUGAAAAUACAGGCAAAAGCUUCAGCUGAUCUAAAUAUGGCCUGUGCUUUCUUUCGGAUAAAGCAUCAAGAGGGCGUCGGUUUUGUCGACGGUCACAGCAUGCCGUUAUCAAAAUGGUCUAAAAAUGCCAAUAUCUCUGAAUUUGAAAGUUCUGCUGAAGAAGCAGCAGAGGCAAAUGAUGAUUGGUAUGCUGCAGACAUUUUCAGUUUGGUGCGGAUGAUAACCUGUGUGACGGAGUAUCUCGUUAAGAGGGUUCUAAUGGCGGAGUCAGAAGCUUCUAUUGAGAAAGAGAAAGCUAAUUUUUUAACAAAUUUAACGAAGGAGAUGACACUUGCAGUCGAGAGAGUGACAACCAAAAUCGAUGAGAUGGAAAUAUCCGUAAAGUUGGCAUUGAAUACUAUAAAUAAGUUGGCGGAGCAGUUGAACAAUUUUGAGCAAGAAGCUGCUGUACAGAGAGAACGAGCCACUGAUUAUGAGCAAGAAGCUGCCAUACAGAGAGCACGAGCCACUGAAUGCGCGCAAGAAGCUGCUAUGCAGAGAGAACGAGCCAAUGAACAUGAGCAAGAAGCUGCUAUGCAGAGAAAACGAGCAACUGAAUCAGCGCGAGAGCUUUUUCUAUUAAAGCAGAAAUUCGCAGCUUUCAAAUCCGAAGCCCAACUUGUGUUUAGAAGGAUAGAGGCCUUAGCCUCAUCACUGGAGCAAAGAAAGGAAAAGUUGAUCUCCAAGACUUUGCAACUGCAUGACGAGAAAGCUUUGAAGGAGGACAAAGUUCAGGAGCUCAUGAAUGAAAAUGUAAGGCUCCAGUCAUUGGUUGAUCAGAAAGAGGCGCAAUUGGUAGCCUUGAAUGAGCAGUUGAAGCUCACCUCAUUGAGCGAACGUGACAAGUAGUUUUACUCUUGCUUUAGCAUCUGAAACCAUUUUGCGUUUUAUUGUGAGUAUUUCUUUUUACUGAUUUGUUAUUCUUUAGUUUCUCUAGGAAUUACGGAAUGAAUUGUUGUAGUAUAGGGAGAGGUUAGUGAAUUCUUUAGGAGGUUAAUAUUAUAGAUAGUAAGACAUGCAAGGAUUUGCAGUAUAAGACAAAAAAGGUGUUGAAUAUGCAUUACCAAA